AGCUCCGGGUCCGUGAAGCUUCUCUCGCCCCGCAGGGUCUCUGCUGCCAGGAACCAGGCAGUCAUGGGCUCGGCCUUUCCCAGAAGAAGCCAAGAUUGCAGGCCCACACCCCCUGAGAACGAAUAUAAACUCGGGAGAGUAACAGAGGGAGAAGACAGAUUUGGGUUUCCUUGCUCAGCCGUGCACCUCUCCACUUGAACGCUGACACUAUGGCUGCCCAGUUCUGCUCUACCCGCUUCUCCACCUGCUCCUCCAAGGGGCUUUCUCGCCCCUCUUCGGCCCGCUCUGGUGGCUCCUGCCGGGGCCCAGGGUUCUCCUACAGCGGGCUGGUGGCCUCCUCAGGCCGUCUGGGCAGCUGCCUGCCUGGAUCUUAUCUAUCGGGCUCCUGCCACUACCCCUCGGCUUUUACGGGCAGUACUGGCUGGUCCUAUGAAGGCUCCUUCAAUGGCAGUGAGAAGGAGACCAUGCAGUUUCUGAAUGACCGCCUGGCCAACUACUUGGAGCAGGUGCGCCAGUUGGAGCAGGAAAAUGCCGAGCUGGAGGCCAAGAUCCGUCAGUGGGGUGAGGCCCAGAUCCCUUAUGCUUGCCCUGACUACCAGUCUUACUUUCGGACCAUCGAGGAGCUGCAGCAGAAGAUCCUGCUGACCAAGGCAGACAACGCCCGGCUGGUUCUGCAGAUUGACAAUGCUAAGCUGGCUGCUGAUGACUUCCGCACCAAGUACGAGACGGAGCUGACUCUCCGCCAGCUGGUGGAGGCCGACAUCAAUGGUCUGCGCCGCAUUCUGGACGAACUGACUCUGUGUAAGGCCGACCUGGAGGCCCAGGUGGAGUCGCUGAAGGAGGAGCUGCUCUGUCUGAAGAAGAACCACGAGGAGGAGGUGAAUGCACUGCGCAGCCAGCUCGGAGACCGGCUCAACAUAGAGGUGGACGCAGCCCCACCCGUGGACCUGAACCGGGUUCUGGAAGAGAUGCGGGCCCAGUACGAGGCACUGGUGGAGAACAAUCGGAGAGAUGUGGAGAGCUGGUUUACCACUCAGACAGAGGAGUUGAACCAGCAGGUGGUGACCAGCUCAGAGCAGCUGCAGUGCUGUCAGUCGGAGAUCAUCGAGCUGAGACGCACUGUCAAUGCGCUGGAGAUUGAGCUGCAGGCACAGCACAGCAUGAGAAACUCCUUGGAGUCCACAUUGGCCGAGACCGAGGGCCGCUAUGCCUCCCAGCUGGCCCAGAUGCAGGGCCUGAUCAGCAACGUGGAGGCCCAGCUGGCCGAGAUCCGCUGUGACCUGGAGCGGCAGAACCAGGAGUACCAGGUGCUGCUGGACGUCAAGGCCCGGCUGGAGGGGGAGAUUGCCACCUACCGCCGCCUCCUGGAGGGCGAGGACUGCAAGCUCCCUCCCCACCCGUGCACACCGGUCCCUACCAUCCGUACAUCCUGCACACCUGCUUCCCAAGUGAGCACUCAGAUCCACACCAUUACAGAGGAGAUCAGAGAUGGGAAAGUUAUCUCCUCCCGCAAGCUCCUCCAGCACCGCCCCAUGUGAACACACUGAGGACGUCCACUGGGGCCGGCCCCUCCGGAGGGACCUGCCUCUUCCCCUCUGUAGUGACCCCCACUUCCCGCGGGUCUCGUGUUUCCUGCCCGUGCUGUAAUGGCCUUGUCUCUGCUGGGCCUCUGUGCUGGCAGAUGUGUUUGGCUACUGCU